UAGGCCGUGAACUACGGCUAGAGAGAUGGUGGCGCACAUGAGCGAAGGCCUCCCUCAACCUCAAGCGCGACUAUAUAUUUCCUGCUGGAGCAGCAUCUAUACUCCAACACUUGCCUUGCAUUGUUAAUGCGUGCGGCUGCAGCGGGCAUAGAUCGAAUAUAAUUGAGAUCGUCAAUGCCUUCCACAGAAUCGGCCGCCGGCGUGGCCUGGGACCGCCGGCGUGAGCUGCAGGCGUUCGACGACACCAAGGCGGGCGUCAAGGGCCUCGUGGACGCCGGCGUCACGGCCCUCCCGCCCAUCUUCCGCCACUCGCCGGAGUCCCUGGAGAGCAUCACGUCCUCAAACCAUGUCGCGGGGGCCAUCCCGACCGUCGACCUAGCGGCCCCGCGACGCGAGGACGCGGUCGCCCUGGUGCGGCACGCGGCCAGGACGGUGGGCUUCUUUCAGGUGGUCAACCAUGGCGUGCCGGCCGAGCUCAUGGCCGGCAUGCUCGAGGGGGUGCGCCGGUUCAACGAGGGACCCGCCGAGGCGAAGCAGGCCAUCUACAGCAGGGACCAAGCUCGCAAGGUGCGUUUCGCCUCCAACUUCGACCUCUUCUCGUCGGCGGCGGCCAACUGGCGCGACACCCUCUUCUUCCACCUCGCUCCGGACCCGGCACCUUCCGAAGAGCUGCCCGAGGCUGUCAGGGAUGUGGUCACGGAGUACGGCCACGCGGUGACCAAGGUGGGGCUGUCCGUGCUGGAGCUGCUGUCGGAGUCCCUUGGCCUGAGCAGCGACCACCUGCGCGACAUGGACUGCGCGGAGAACCUCAACGCCGUGUGCCAAUACUACCCACCGUGUCCGGAGCCGUAUCUCACUUGGGGCACCAAGAGGCACACCGACCCGGGCUUCCUCACCGUCCUCCUGCAAGACGGCAUGGGCGGCCUCCAGGUGCUCGUCGACGGCAAGACCUGGGUGGAUGUCCCUCCCGUGCCCGGCGCUUUCAUCAUCAACAUCGGCGACCUUCUUCAGCUCGUCAGCAAUGACCAGUUCAGGAG